GCGCGCUGCCUGAGCGGGGCGUGCGGGCCGUUUCCGGUGUGGUGCCGAGCAGUGGCCGAGGCGCAGGGACGUGCUGGGGGCCUCGCGCGCUGGGACCAUGGCGGACGGCGGCUCGGAGCGGGCGGACGGGCGCAUCGUCAAGAUGGAAGUGGACUACAGCGCCACGGUGGACCAGCGCCUGCCCGAGUGCGAGAAGCUGGCCAAGGAAGGAAGACUUCAAGAGGUCAUUGAAACCCUUCUUUCCUUGGAAAAACAAACUCGCACUGCUUCUGAUAUGGUAUCUACAUCUCGUAUCUUAGUUGCAGUAGUGAAGAUGUGCUACGAAGCUAAAGAAUGGGACCUACUUAACGAAAAUAUUAUGCUUUUGUCCAAAAGACGGAGUCAGUUAAAACAAGCUGUUGCAAAAAUGGUUCAGCAGUGCUGUGUUUACGUCGAGGAAAUCACAGACCUCCCUAUCAAACUUCGAUUAAUUGAUACUCUACGAAUGGUCACAGAAGGAAAGAUUUAUGUUGAAAUUGAACGUGCUCGGCUGACCAAAACCUUAGCAACUAUCAAGGAGCAAAGUGGCGACGUGAAGGAGGCGGCCUCCAUUUUGCAGGAGUUGCAGGUGGAAACCUACGGGUCCAUGGAGAAGAAGGAGAGAGUGGAGUUUAUCCUGGAGCAGAUGAGGCUCUGCCUGGCUGUGAAGGAUUACAUCCGUACGCAGAUCAUCAGCAAGAAAAUCAACACCAAAUUUUUCCAGGAGGAAAAUACAGAGAAAUUAAAGUUGAAAUACUAUAACUUAAUGAUUCAGCUGGAUCAGCACGAGGGCUCCUAUUUGUCUAUUUGUAAGCACUACAGAGCCAUCUACGACACUCCCUGCAUACAGGCAGAAAGUGAAAAGUGGCAGCAGGCUCUGAAAAGUGUGGUCCUCUAUGUCAUCUUGGCUCCUUUUGACAAUGAACAGUCAGAUUUGGUUCAUCGAAUAAGUGGUGACAAGAAGUUGGAAGAAAUCCCCAAGUACAAAGAUCUUCUGAAGCUCUUUACCACAAUGGAGUUGAUGGGUUGGUCUACACUUGUCGAAGACUAUGGGAUGGAAUUGAGGAAAGGCUCUUUGGACAGUCCUGCAACUGAUGUUUUUGGCUACACGGAAGAAGGGGAAAAGCGGUGGAAAGACUUGAAGAACAGAGUUGUUGAACAUAAUAUUCGGAUAAUGGCCAAGUAUUACACGAGGAUCACAAUGAAGAGGAUGGCACAGCUUCUGGACCUCUCUGUUGAUGAAUCAGAAGCUUUUCUCUCCAAUCUUGUCGUUAACAAGACCAUCUUUGCUAAAGUAGACCGAUUGGCAGGAAUUAUCAACUUCCAGAGACCUAAGGAUCCGAAUAAUUUAUUAAAUGACUGGUCUCAGAAACUGAACUCGCUGAUGUCUCUCGUUAACAAAACUACACAUCUCAUAGCCAAAGAGGAGAUGAUUCAUAAUCUACAAUAGGGUUUCAGCGCCCUGAAUACGUUUAGAAAAGAGUUGAAAUUGGAAGUUAUUAAAAAAAGAAAAGAAAAACAAAAAGAAAAAGACUUGUGGUGUAUAUGUUUGGGGUUUUUUUAUUUUAUUUUUUUUUAUUCUCUGCUCCUUGUCUAAAAUUUCAGAGAUAGUAAGUUUGAGAUCCCCUUUCUACCUUUCUGUUCUAUGGUUUUUGUUGAAAACUUUGCAUUUUCAGUUGAUACAAAUAUAUAAUACAUUUAUAUUA